AAACUACAACGCGCUACAACACACACACAAAGCAACAACUAAGUGUCGGCAGCAUAACUACGAAAACGAUAAAUUUUCAAGUUUUUAACGAAACGUGCGCGUAUAAUUUGAAAAAAAUAAAUAUAUAUAAUCGUUUCAACAGCAACAUCUGCUAUCUUCGACACACUUUUAACCAAUAUUGAUGAGUUUUAAUACAAAAAUUAAAUAAUAUACAAAACGCACCAAGGUGGCAUCACAUUACAACUUACAACUAAUAACAAGCUAACAAAGAAACGUCUUAACUUCAUUCAUACAACGAUUCUGUGAUAUAAGAACCAAAAGAUGAAGUCGUUGACCUUACAGCUCAUCACGUUACUUCCGUUGCUGUUGUUGUUGUUAUUACCAACACAACACAGCCAAAAUAUGGUUGACGCAGCGGCGGAAGGGGAGCAGACAACUUCCGCUCACAUCGGUAAGCGUACAACGUCGACAACAACACAACAGCCACCAUCGUUGCGUGCGCCGCGACUCAUGCGCACACCGCGCCCUACCACGGUGAUGACGCAUCCGACAGCAAGAACAAAAACAACAACCAACAGACCUGCAACACUCAGCGCGCCGAAGCAACAGCCAUUGGCGCAAGCGGCGCGUCGUGCGGCACCCAACUUCAAAGCCGCUGCAGCAACGACACCGCCAUCAAUACACCGCCCGACACGCGGCGCUGAUGAGAGCGCGCCGACAAAUGUGCGCCAAAAUCGUAGCUUUCUAAGCGCAGCAGCGACGCAGAGCAUACAAAAUGGCAAAGCAGAUGCAGUGGCGCCGGUCGGUAGGAGCGCUGAUGCCAGCAAGACAAACAAACAAAUUGACAGCCGCCAAAUAAAGCGUGUCGCAUACAAGAACAACAAUGCAGGCCAACAACAACAACAAGGCAGCAGCAACAAUAGCCAUUAUCAAAAUGCCAGCGCCGAUGUAGCGCGCACGAGCGCUGUGACAAGCGCAGCUAAAGUGCCGGCAACGGCUUCAUUGUCGCCAUCUGUGACUGCUACAACAACCGUUAGCAGUGGCGCGUCACGUACCACGUCAUCAAUUGAUUCCAAAGCAAGCGUUGCGAUGACGAAUCAUCACCAGCAGCCGCCACUCCAGCGCCAGUCAAAACAAAUCGCCAACUUUGCGGCGCGAACCAACGUGCAACGCGAAACGCCGACACUGCAGACAGAAAACAAUGGCGCUGGCACGGCGAAUUCGACGCGUCUGCCGCAGACACCAAAAUCACCACGCAUGAUCCAUCGUCUUGUAGCGGGACACAUUCAAAAUGCGGAAGGAUGUUCCACCUAUCAGGUUUCGGCCAUCACAGCCAACAGCACAACUAGUAAUUCAACAACUCAGAAACCCGCAUAUCAAUAUGUGCGCACCAAAGGAGGACAACUGGCCAUGAGCAGUACAUAUCGUUUGACAAAAGUGAGCACAACUGCUGUCACACCAACGCAUACUGUUACAACUAUAACGGCGGUUCCAUUUCAUAUGAAAGCCGAACGCAAAGACACCACAUUGAAUGAUGAUGAUAAUGCAGAUGAUGAAGCGUUGUUGGAAGAUGACGGCGAUUUCGAUAAUUGGGAUAACGGUAUAUUGCGUCUGAGUGCCGGUUCAGGCAAAGAGAACACCGUUAAGUCGAAAAAAAUUAAGGACGAAUCAAAGAAGACACUUUCUGAUCAAGUACGUGAUGGCAAGUAUGGGCUAAUAGAAAAGGAAAUAUUUCGACGACCGCCCAAAAGACCUGGUGUUAUUAGUUAUUUACCGAAUAAGGAGACGCCCAUAGAUAAUGAACGCACAUUUGGUGGUCUCAAUGAAGAGGACAUUUGGCUGGCUGAGGAUCAUUUGCUUGUAAUCAAGGGUGGUAAUCUCAAUGAGGGCGAACCGGAUGAACCGUGGCCUCCCAUCGAUGAUUACGAUGCACCCGGUCGACAAAUCAAAAUACCACCGAAUCCGAAAGUCCCGCCACCAUUUCCCGUCCAGCUCGAGGAGAAUGGGCCGCUACAGUUUAUCGGAAAUAAUAAAUUCACGGUCGUCUAUCCGAUCGCUAACGAAUCGAUACCAGUUUAUCCCGCCGGCGCGGAAGCCAACUACCCAUCAACCGAAAGUGACAGUGACAACGAGAAAAAUCUUCUUACCCGGCCGGGAUCGACUCAAGAUACUGCGCAAGGCGAACCGGGUUACAACUACCCGGCACCCUCGCCGCCGUGGCUAUAUCACAACCAAACAUUCGUGAAUCCCUUCUUGAAUAAUGCACGACCCAUUACAUUCCCAAAUUUGGGUCCAUUCACUUUUGCACACAACGGUUCAUUGGAUAAUUCGAAUGGUACCGAUUACUUCGAUGAAGAUGAUCCUUCAUUGUAUUACCCGCCCGCAUAUACUUUUAUCUAUAAAAGUAACUACACAAAUCCAGUGCCGCCGGGUCCAUUAGUGCCAGGAAUUGUGCUACCGCCACCCGCCAAUCAAUUUAGUCGUUUGGAGAAACCAGAAAAAGUCCAUACGCCAUCAAGACAUCGCGGUUAUGGUACACCUGUACCCACUACGAGUACAACAACCACCACCACAAGUACUACUACUACUUCAACAACUACGACCUCAACCACAACUGAGGCGCCGCAUCGACCAAAAGUUAUCACGAAAAUACAUCAGUAUUCUCCCAAAACGAUUAUCAUUACACCAGAGCCACCACAUGCCGUACAACAUGUGCAACCGAGCAAACAACCGCCACCCCCACCAGCACCAACACCGACCGCGUCGCCACCAGAAAUCAUUCAGGCUAUCCCUGUUCCAGUGGCUGUUCACAUACCCAUCUUUCCGUCUCACAAAUAUCCACAAUCGCGUCCGAAUGCCAUCGCUUAUGAACCGACCACCCCGCGUAAUAACCAAGAACCACUUUCGAAAUCCAACCCCAUAUACUACGAAUACUUCGAGGCUAAGCGUCAACCUAACGGUGUUACUACAAAUGUUAUCGAUGAUUUCCUCUCCACUACCGAAAAGCCGGUACUGGCUAAACCAAUAAAAUUGUAUGCAACCAGCAAACGACCCUUUAAAUCUCAGCCUCAAAACCAACGCAACUUCUUGCCACCACAGCUGCAGCCACAACGUCCGUACCUGCCACAAGAUGUGGUCUACAUCACACCCAAACCAGAAGCGGUGCGUUACAAGCGACCACCACAAGUGCCGAUCGAGCCUACCGUCUACAAACCACGUCCCCUAGAGAACUUUGAAGAGGAGGUGAAUGCGAUACGCGAAACACUGCGCUAUUACCAAAAUCAACAGUUGCGUGACAACAACAUACCGCGCACACCAAAAGCCAAACCUAUAUAUGAAUUCAAUUUCGAUGCGUCAAAGAAUUUGGAGCCGGCACAACCUACAGCGGCCGCUGAAGACUUCCAACCACCAGCCGAAUAUGAUGAAGCACCCUUCAAACCAAUGGUCACCUAUAGUCCACCCGUAGAUGAUGAGAAUUCUUUCCAAGCCAUUAAUGUAGAGAAGGCGAAUGCGCGCCUGCAGCAGCAACAACAACAAGAAGAGCAAUACUCACAACAACAACAGCAACAAGCGCGUUAUCAGUCGACCACCACACUCGUGCCAAUACAACCAGAUACGCCUUACCAACAAAUACCGCCUCUACCGCAAGGGCGUUCGAAGAAGCUGCGCUUAGGCGCCAAAUAUCUACAACAAACACCACUGCUACCCGAAUACCGCUCAGUAGAACCAGAGCCGCGUCAAUACCAAGGUAACCAGCGCACACAUGUCACCACGCAGGCGCCUUGGGUCUCAUUGAAUCAACAACAAGAGCUGAAUGAGUAUUCCCAACCGCCGCAGUACCAACGCAUUGAACGGCCACCGGUAGCUUUCGCACCCAAACAACGCGGUUUCAAUGGCUACUACUACGGUGGUCCGGCGCUGCAUGCACGUCAAAACAACCGCUUCUACGAGGAGCCAUUCCAACAGCGGCGCGUCAUCAACUAUCGCCAACCACCGCCGCCGCCACAGCCUAAUUAUCAGCAACCACAGCAACAACCGCAAACACUGUGGAGCUUGGAGAACGAUACAUAUGUGAAUUAUGCACCAAAUCGGCCACCGCUCAAUCCGGACGCGGAAUACAUUAAUCCCUAUCAACCGGCAUUACCGCAAAGUCCUUUUCCGCCGCAAUUACAACGCUAUACAGCGCCACAACAAUCGGCAGGUCCAGCACUAUCACACCAAGCGCAAUACUAUGCGCCACCACAACUACAACCACAGCAGCGACAGCAACAACAACAACAACUGCCGCCACCACGUCAAUAUCAACCGCAAAUUCCGCUGCAUCGUGACAUUUUGGUCAACUACCGGCAGCCAUUGCCGCCCAUCAACCCGGACAGUGAAUACAUCUCACAUCCGCAAGUGGUGCGACCACAAGCCUAUUCACCGUUAUAUCGAGCGAACGGCUUUCAGCGUCUGCCGCCGCAACUGACCGCGACGGGCGAACAGGACGGUCUCUAUUACAUAGCGCCAAAAUUUCGACGCUCCAAUAAUAGCAACGGCAGUGGCAGAAGUAACAACGAAAAUAACAGCAACAAUAACAACAGUAACAACGACAACAAAAAUAACAAUGACGACAGCAGCAACGACAGCCAAAGUCGUGGUGACGAGGGCGGCAAAACGAAUGCCGCCACAAAUACGAAAACGCCAACGCGCAGCAAUAACGGUAAUGUUAAUCACUAAACAAAAAGUGGCGGUGAUAGGAAAAGCAGCAAAGCCUUUUUGUAGCUAUGUUUGAUUUGUGGUGUAAGUGUCAGCGUACGGCCACGCAGCGCGGGUGUGUCUGGCUGAGUGACUGUUUGAUGGAGUGCUUGAAUGAUUGAAUGAGCACUUGUGCGUUGCUGUGCGUAUAGCUGUGCUUUAACAAAUGCCUACCUUAACAGCUUGCGUUGCACCACCUGUAUUUAUUUGCCUGCCAACCUGCCAAUCCAUGAAUCGCUCAUUAGUAUUAAGCGCGCUGCUUGUACUUCACCAACUAACAGCCGCGGCAAAGUCUCGCGGAGCGUAAGCCAAAUUAUAAGCGUUUCAAGUUGCCACAGCGUCGUUGUCUGUUUUUUGUGGACCACGUAGGUAGUGGCAUUGGAAACAAACUCGGUAGCAUUGCCGCAUGGAAUUAUUGCCCAAAUCAAAAGCGAACAAUAAGUUGUGCUGUAGUUUAUAGGAGAGAUGGAGUAUUUGCUGGCAUAUUCUUGAUUAAAAUUGCUCAAAGAAGAUACAUAGAAGACAGAAGCUUGAAAAAGUUAUAUAGUCUAAAAUCGAUGGCAACAAGCAAUUGUUAAAUGUUGUGAUAUAUCAAUCGUUCUUCGAAUAUACUAUUCUACAUAUCUACACAACAAAAUAUCAGAUUUUCACAGAUUUACUGAAACAAAACGAGCGGUGCCUUGGAAGAAAACCAGCCUUAUUUAUUAAAGAUGCUUGUAUGUAACCAUAAAUGUACGUCAAGAAUAUAUCCAGCACUGCAAAGCUAAGAAAUCUGGUUUGACAAAAUCUAUCCAGUAAUAAAUGAAAGGAAAAAACAUUGUAACAUAUCUACUUAUUAGUGAUAUUUUAGCUAACUUCAACUUAAUUUUUAAAUACUCGUACUCUUCACUUCUAUUACGUUUCAUAGUUUGUUGCUUCACUAAAAGCUUGUACUAAAAAUAUUGAUUCACUAGAUUAGGUUGUAAGCAAAAAUAAAUAAAUUAAUUAAGCAAAAUAAUUGAAUGGAUUCGAUAAAGUAUUUUCACUCUAAACAAAAACAAAAACAAGAAUUUAUUAAGCAUAUACAUACAUAUAUUUAAAUAUUUAUACAACAGCAACUACUUUUAGUUAGAAUAAGUCAGUAGUGAUAAGAAAAAAAUCACUUUAAAAUAUACACAUAAUAAUGUAAAACAUCCAUGCCAUGAUUGUGAGAAAUGGCAGUUUUGAGUUGAUAAAUAAAAAGAUAAUGAAAGAUAAUGGUUAUAUAUGAAAUGCAUAUGUCUAAAACGAUAAAAAUAUAAUUAAACAAUAACUAUAUUCUUCACAUACUACUUAGAAAUUUAGCUUUAAGCAAAUGCAUGUCUAAAAGCCUAAAAACCAUCUGCUUAAAUGUCAUAUUAUAACAUAUUUUAAUAUUAAGUUAAUUUAUAUAAAAACGAGCGAUUUAUAAAAGAAAUGCGUGUAUAUUAUCAUCA